AUGGGGCAUCCCCCGCUGGAGUUCAGCGACUGCUACCUGGACAGCCCCGAUUUCCGCGAGAGGCUCAAGUGUUACGAGCAGGAGCUGGAGAGAACCAAUAAAUUCAUUAAGGACGUCAUCAAGGAUGGCAACGCGCUUAUCAGCGCAAUGAGAAAUUAUUCUUCAGCUGUUCAGAAAUUUUCUCAGACACUUCAGUCCUUUCAGUUUGAUUUUAUUGGAGACACUCUGACUGAUGACGAGAUUAACAUUGCUGAAUCCUUCAAGGAAUUUGCUGAAUUGCUCAACGAAGUAGAAAAUGAGAGGAUGAUGAUGGUACACAAUGCUAGUGAUUUGCUGAUUAAACCCCUGGAAAAUUUUCGGAAGGAGCAAAUAGGCUUUACCAAGGAGCGGAAAAAAAAAUUUGAAAAGGAUGGUGAGAGGUUUUAUUCCUUGCUGGAUCGGCAUUUACAUCUAUCUUCCAAAAAGAAAGAAUCUCAGUUACAAGAGGCAGACCUCCAGGUGGACAAGGAGAGGCACAAUUUCUUUGAGUCCUCCCUUGAUUAUGUUUAUCAAAUCCAGGAAGUUCAGGAGUCCAAGAAGUUCAACAUUGUGGAGCCAGUGUUGGCCUUUCUUCAUAGUCUCUUCAUUUCCAACAGCUUGACUGUGGAGCUCACACAGGAUUUUCUCCCAUACAAACAGCAGCUCCAGCUCAGUUUGCAGAAUACAAGAAAUCAUUUCUCCAGUACCCGGGAAGAGAUGGAAGAACUUAAGAAAAGGAUGAAGGAAGCUCCCCAGACAUGCAAACUUCCAGGACAGCCUACCAUCGAAGGCUAUCUCUAUACACAAGAGAAAUGGGCUUUGGGAAUAUCCUGGGUGAAAUAUUACUGCCAGUAUGAGAAGGAGACCAAAACGCUCACCAUGACACCUAUGGAGCAGAAGCCAGGUGCUAAACAGGGGCCUUUGGACUUAACCCUGAAGUACUGCGUGAGGAGGAAGACAGAGUCUAUCGACAAAAGGUUCUGUUUUGAUAUAGAAACUAAUGAAAGGCCAGGAACCAUCACUUUGCAGGCCCUUUCAGAAGCUAACAGAAGGCUAUGGAUGGAGGCUAUGGAUGGAAAAGAACCCAUCUACCACAGCCCCAUAACAAAACAGGAAGAAAUGGAGCUGAAUGAAGUGGGGUUCAAGUUUGUUAGGAAGUGCAUCAAUGUCAUUGAGACCAAAGGGAUCAAGACAGAGGGAUUAUACCGUACUGUGGGCAGCAACAUUCAGGUUCAGAAGCUGCUGAAUGCCUUUUUUGAUCCUAAAUGCCCAGGAGAUGUUGAUUUUCAUAAUAGUGAUUGGGACAUUAAGACAAUCACCAGCUCCUUGAAAUUCUACCUCAGGAAUCUUUCUGAACCUGUCAUGACCUAUAGACUUCACAAAGAGCUGGUCUCGGCUGCCAAGUCUGACAACCUGGAUUACCGGCUGGGAGCUAUUCACUCCCUGGUAUAUAAGCUACCCGAAAAGAACCGAGAGAUGCUGGAACUUCUUAUAAGACACUUGGUCAAUGUAUGUGAGCACAGCAAAGAGAAUCUUAUGACCCCCUCCAACAUGGGCGUGAUCUUUGGGCCCACUCUGAUGAGAGCUCAGGAGGACACUGUCGCUGCCAUGAUGAACAUCAAAUUCCAGAACAUUGUGGUGGAAAUCCUAAUUGAGCACUUCGUCAAGAUCUAUUCAGGUCCACCUGAGGAAAGUGCUACACCCCCAGUGCCUCCACCUCGAGUGACAGCAAGAAGGCACAAACCAAUCACAAUUUCAAAACGCUUGCUGCGGGAAAGAACAGUUUUUUAUACUUCUUCCCUGGAUGAAAGUGAAGAUGAAAUCCAACAUCAAACACCCAAUGGUAUUAUCGCCAGCAGUAUGGAACCCCCCAAGCUACCACAAUACCCCAAACUGCCUAUUCAGAGGAGUGGAGAAGCUGACACUGGGAGGAAGUCUCCAAGUAGCAGGCCUGUUUCAGAUGGCAAGUUGGAGUCCUGUCCUGAAGUGGAUGUGGGGAAGCUGGUGUCUAGGCUGCAGGAUGGAGGGACCAAGGCCAUACCAAAGGCCACCAAUGGACCUGUGCCAGGCUCUGGGCCCACCAAAGCCCCCUCUUUCCACAUAAAGAGACCAGCUCCUCGACCCCUGGCUCACCACAAGGAGGGUAAGUGCUUGGGAAUCCAAUUGGAAUCAGAAUUGAAACCAACUAUUUUGCACCCUAAGAUCUUUCUGAGGUUGGAGAUACUUAAGUAG